AGACCUGCCUGCCUUGGAGUUCACUUCACAGACUUUAAAAGCGAACUUGGAAUGACACCUCUACUCACACAAAACGACUGGCCUCAUCAGGCUGCGUUCAGAACAACAGUUCACCUGCGUCCGAAGCUCCGAACACUCUCUGCUCCAUUCGGAACACGACUCUACCAUACCCAAGACAAGUCCCCGCUCUUUCUUUCUCAAAGACACGAGCGAUGGAUUCAUUUUUGACCAAUACUGCUGCCCUUCUACUAGUUGGGUUUUUAUCUUCGACUGCUUCCAGACAGUUCGACACUGAAUGUUACACAGCCAAUGGAGGGGACUACAGGGGCUGCCAGAACCAGACGAGCAUUCUUGGGGGCAAGCCAUGCCUCUUCUGGAAUGAGACCUUCCAGCACCCCUACAACACCCUCAAGUACCCCAGCGGAGAGGGGGGUCUUGGCAGCCACAACUACUGCAGGAACCCUGAUGGCGACGUCCAGCCGUGGUGUUACAUCGCUGACCAUGAAGAAGGAAUCUACUGGAGAUACUGUGACAUCUCCACCUGUCAGAUGCCAGGUAACCUGGGUUGUUUCAAAGACAGUGGAGACCCUCCCACCCUGACAGGGAGCAGUGAGACCUCCAACAAACUCACCAUCCAGAACUGCAUCAGCUUCUGCCGCAAACAGAGAUAUAAGCUAGCUGGGAUGGAGUCGGGUUACGCCUGUUUCUGUGGCAACGACCUGGACCAGCAUCACCAUGGUAAAGCACCCAGUAUGGAGUGCAACCACGUGUGUUUUGGUGACCACACCCAGCCCUGUGGAGGAGAUGGAUGGGUCAUCAUCUUCGACACUCGUGUUGGUGCGUGCGGGGGUAACUACUCUGCUCCCUCUGGGGUGGUCUACUCCCCUGACUUCCCUGAUAAGUACGAGGCAGGGAGGGUCUGCUACUGGACUGUCCAGGUACCUGGGGCCUCCAUGAUCCUGUUCAACUUCACCUUCUUCGACAUCUCGGACCAGACAGACAUGGUGGAAAUGCUGGAUGGCUAUACCACCCAGGUGUUAGCACGGUUCGACGGCCGCAACUCGCCCCGGGACUUGGUCAACGUCACUGGAGACUUUGUCAUCCUCUACUUCUACUCAGACCACACCAACCAAGCACAGGGCUUCUCUGUCACAUACCAAGCGCUGAGAGGCCUGGACACCAGACCUAUGGAUGAGGAUGAGAAGGAAGAGGAGGACACUAGUACAGUGAAGCCUGAGCUUAACGGCGUAACGGAGAAGUCUAACGGGAGCGAUAACGGACGUUCCUCUCAAAUCCUCUAUGUGAUAACGUCCAGUCCCGGUAAACCGGACCACAACAUGCCAGGUCAGUGGGACCAACCCAACGGGACCAACGGACACACCUCUAUGUGGACCAUCUACGCCCUAGCUGCUCUCCUGACUCUGACAGUCAUAGCCAUGGUGGCUAAACUACUACUGCAUAUUACAGUGAAAUCUCCCAACAUCCCGACCAGCAGUGGUUCAGAGAGCUGCAGCGUGCAGAGUGCUGCGUCCGAGCCCUGGAUCAUCUUCUACCGGCCCUCCACCAUCUCCCUCUUCAAGAAGAAGCUAAAGAACCACCACGGAGACCUCAGCCCUCUGGUGGGCAACUAGCGAACUGCAGUCUGGUCUACUAACAUCAUCACCAUCAUGUACCAGGGCCUACCGUACCAGAGCUAGUUACAGAGCUAGCCCCUCUACCAAUGAGACUCUAUGGGGUGCUGAGCUACAAAGCUAACAUAAUCACUAAUGACUGAUUCACUGACUCACUGAGUGACUACUACCAAAUGGCCCAAGAGCCAAAUCCCUAAAGGGGAUCCAGACAGGGCUGUCUGUGUCUGCUGUGUACAAGGCAGGAGAGGAGGGCAGCUAUACAGUGUGAGGUGGAUGUUUUACUGUAGGGAACUCAUCUUCUAUGGGUUCCACUUCCAUCGUCCAUGGAUGUCUGAGAGCAUUGGAGUCCUCCUCUAGAGACAAGGGUUGGCUGGGGCCAAAGCAAGCAGUUUCCAUAGGACUCCUCCAGAAUGCAGGCCUUUCAUUGUAACUGUGUGCCGGUGGGGCACAAAAUGUCUGACAAUCUCUCCAAAUUCGCUAACCUGCGAACAACUGAGGGAGCCAUGCAUAUUCCCUAUCAGUGACUGUCAUAGGUGUCUCACAGAACAAGGGGUUGGAUCACAAGGGGUCAGAGUAAGGCCUAGAUUCAAUCAGAUCAAGCGUUAAGCAGCGAUAUCUGAUGUUUUGGUGGUGUCCGAGGUGUAACUGUUGGAGCAGUCAAAUCGGUUAGCAGGUGCUCUUGACCAUUGUCACAAAGCCACACCCGCAGCUCACGUUAGAAGUUCAGAACGAGGAAGUGUAGGCUAUCUAGAAAUAAUGACACUCAAAUGAAAGAUCGUUAGACGAAGAAGGCGUAAUCGAGGUAUAGAUCACAACUCACAUUCCAGUGUUCGAACUUCUAAAGAGGGCUGCAUGGGAUUUCUCUUAAUGCGACUCCGUGCAGCCAACGGUGARGUCCGCUUUAGGUAUAAUGCCAGGAGCCACUUGUGGAUUUGAAAGUUCUAAAGCAGUUCCGACACUGCUAACUCUUCCACACUGCCUCUGGAGGAAACUGUAUUAAGAGUCUCUCCCAUGGCCGCUGGUGGAUGAGGGAUGUGGUUUCAUUAAACAACUGCCAUUCAAAAGAGUGUUUGAAAUGCUCAGAGGUUCUCUCUCAUCCGCUCAGCUGUGGUUCUUAUCUUUCUGGUUUAACUAUGUUUAAGUGCCUUAAGGAUCUUAAACAAGCCUGCUAGGCUUCUUUCCCCCCCCCCCCCCCCCCCUUCUCACUGUCUUUGAGUCUAUUGCUUGUGAUCCCCACCCUAUGACAGACUAUGUCGAUGGGAAUUACUGUAGCGUGGGCGAGACUUGGAAAAAAGGUUGCUUCAUUUUUGUAUCUUUUACUUUCUAUGUGCUCUUAUGCAUAGUCUUCUUGGACAUUACUGAACAUAUUGCAAUCGUUAUGUUGCCAUUUGAUUACAAGGAGGGGGUAAAUUGUGUUGUAUAUUGCGUAAUUCAAUGUGGGGGAUGAUGAUGAUGACAUAUGUCCUGCUCUUUCAUUUUGUGUCUCGGCAAAGCAAUGGCAAAAUCCUUCAAAGUCGUUUUUGUACUUACUCAUCAACUGCUACUUAGCUCGGAGGUUGGAGCACUUUUUUCCCCCUGUCUUCAGCAGCAGAUUCAUUCCCACAUUCAGAGGGCUCACUAGACCCAAACAACCUCUCUCAACUUACAGCUAAAGCACAAAUAAUGUGGAAUGAAAGCACUCGUGAUAGUCCACUGUGCAAGGCAAGCAGACUGUUGUAGUCCGGCGUGUUUCUGUGAGCAUUGAGGACACGUGAAAGUUCACUAUGCAUUAAUGUGCCCCUUGAAUACAGCAGGUUGGAAUUCCAUAAAGAGAGGUUGGACCAUAGAUGAAAUAUAUGUUAAUAUAUAUUACAUUAUACUGUGUAUGUAUAAUAAUGUUAGAAUUCUAUUUCUAUGGCUUUGUUUUUCCCAACAAUCUCAAACACAGUGAAAGCUGAUUAAUCUGGUCCAAACGUGAAUGCACUUAAAUUUGCCGCUACUUGUAUGGUGACAGAUAAAUAGUACUUAAAUCCAGUUUGGCUCUUAUUUACUCUUGAACCAAAACCGUUUGAAACUGAUGAUAGGAGAUUUGCAAAGUGCAAACUUGACAUUGAGAGCACUUGCAACAAAAGGGUAAAAGUUGAUAUGCAAAAUUGUAUGGAUAGAUGACAUUUUAGGUAGUGUAACUUGGUCAAAAAAAUAAUUUAAUUUCACCUCAUUUUAACAUUCUGUCAUAAACAGCACAUGUUCAACUACAUAAAACAACACGUUUUCCAACCCCGAGGGGUUGAAAAAAAAUACUAUUGUAAGUGUCAAUAAAGUGCCAUUAAAGUAA